CUAUAUAACGUAUAUUCUUCGGUAAGUUCCUACAUCUUGGGGUUUCUCUGUGCCAUGACAAUACCAUGUACGUCUGAUUUCUGUGUGUCUGUUGUAUUUCUUGUAUUUUGCCUGGUCUUUCAACACUACGUAUUUUAUCAUAAAAUUGUACUGCCCUAAUUUGAGGCGGCGUCCAAAAAAAAACCCCCAGUUGCGACCGCUAGAUGUCGCAAGGAACAACACUUUGUUCUGUGGCUCUGCAUUAGUCCGCUUUUGCUCCUUACACGAUUGACGUCUUAGCAGUUUGUAUAGACUUACGUAUUUGGAAUAUGAGCCAUCAGUGUCUAAAGCUGUUGUUCAGAUCGUUGUUUCGGCUAGUGUUACUGGCCUCAAAUGAUUUUAAGAGUGCCUGAUCUUUUUAAGUUAUGGAUAUUGAAUACAAGAUGUACUGUCAGUGCCCCUAUUUAUUACAAUUUAUGACGGUAAAACGGAGCAUUUAUAAUUGAUGGUAUUCUCUUAUUGUGUGCUCUAUACUGUUAUACUGGUAUUGCAGGGCUGGAAUGACCAGUGUGAAUGAGAGUAGUUUAACCUGCAGUCAUCGUGCAGACGUCUGUACAUGCAGGAGAUGGGAAUUCCUCUGUGGUCUGCAGACCAGAAUUACUGGAAGAUUUCCGGAGCUGGCUCUGACUUCCAGUCUAAACAAUGACAGAGGAGUGGAAGUGAGAGCAUUCUGACUCUCGCUCACAACAUCCCUCUGUUCUACACCUACAUGGACAGAGUGUUUGGAACUGAGACAUGGAAUGUAUAGCUAGUGGAAAUAUAGUGUCUUCCUUGGGCAUCAAGUCCUAUGGACCUUAGCUGUUGUUGGUUCCUUGGUUGCAUAAGGUAACGUAUUCGUAACAUUUGUGUAAAUGCCCCCCCCCCCCUUUCUGUGCUGGCUGCCUGUGGCAGUAGGUAUGUGUAAUGGUCUGUGCACUUCAUCACUUUGAAUUUUUUUCUACACGAAUGGUCAGCUAACCUGGGUCAGGCUUUAUUCUUCUGAAACUUAAUAUGCCUUCUAAUUCAGAAACUCCUAAACCUCAUGCACAGCAAAGGUUUGAGGCUGAUCCAGGAACAGACAGGGGUCACAUACUUUCGGCAUGAUUCUUUAUAACUGGGUUCUAAGGGCAUUUCAAACACUUAGAAAUCAGCAUCUUGCAGGCACAUAUUUUCACAGGAUUCGUGUUCAGCUUCACCAUCUUUCAUACAGCAUGUAUGUGGUGAAAAUGGAAGUUUUUCUCAUAUUUUCAUCAGCAUUGUCCACCGAAGACGUUUCGCAUCUAUCUUCUACCAGCUCUUCACACAGCAGUUGUUUUGGUUUUUAUUGAAAAUUAUCCAUAUGCUUGUUUUCUUAAGUUUUAAGCACACGGCGUGGAGCUUAGGUAGUAUUACUGAAAUAAUAAUAAAUUCUUCAUUUAUGUGGAAAUACGAAUUCUCCAGCAUAGUUAUACGUUUACUGUUAACUAUGUGCAUGAACUGGUAGAUAUUUGCUAAACUUCAUAGUUUACCGAUUAAGGAACUGGAAUUGCGCGUGCGACCGAGUUGCAUAUCCACGUCCCUAAUGUACUACUUUCGUACCCUCGAGGAAGGUUCUUCUGAAAAGGAAGAAGAAAUUCUGUGAAAAUGAAAUAUACGUGCAACGCAGUUGCAUUACUGCUAAAUGUGCUGAAAGUCAAACGAAUGGUUACAUAUUAACUGUUACCGAAACAUAAAUAAGCUACUGCAAGUGCAAUGGAUUAUUCAAAAAGAAACAAAGCAUAAGCUCCUUCCCAAAUCUAGCUGCUCGCAGUCUGUCAGUGGCGUGACCGCAGUCUGCUGGAUGCUCGAGAGGACGUCGGCAUGGCUGUGAACCUAAGCAAAAACAGGCUGGAGCUGCUGACUGCCUAUCAGGAUGUUAUUAACGACGCGUCUCCCAUUGACUGGGCAUUGUACACAUAUGAAGAUAACAGCAAUGAUCUCAAGCUCGAAACUUUGGGCGAUGGGGGGUUACUUGAGAUCAGCGACACCUUCGACAACAUGAGCGUGAUGUAUGGCUUCUGCAGCAUAAAGGAGUCUGUACUGGCCAUCCCCCGGUACAUCCUGAUCAACUGGGUCGGAGACGACGUUCCUGAUGCCAGAAAGUGUGCCUGCGCCAGUCAUGUGGCCACGAUAGCCGACUUCUUCCAGGGAGUCGAUAUCGUCGUUAAUGCCAGCAGCCUGGAGGACAUUGACCCGUCAGCUAUUGAACAGAGGUUAACCAAUGGGGUGACUCCAGCGACCGGUCCAGUGCUCAGUCACCUGCGAAUGGGGGACGAGGACAGGACUGACACUGUGGGCACAUCCUACCAGAAGACAAAUGCUGAGAUCGAAAUUAAAAAAAUCAGCAGAGAGGAAUUCUGGGAACAGGCCCAGCGUGAAGAGGAGUUACGCAAAGAGGAGGAGCGGAGGAAGGCUGCGGCCGAACGGAGGAGGUUCGAGGAGGAGCGGAUGGAGUCGGAGCGCAGAGAGCAGGAGGAACGGGAGAAGCGGUACCGGGAGAGGGAACGGCAGAUCGAGGAGCUCCGGAGGAAGCUGCAGAGCCAGGAGGUGGACCAGCCCGCCGUGGACAGGACACGGGUCGUCGUUACCCAUGAAGCAACACAGGAGAAAAGAGAAUCAGAAGUAGAGGAGGCAGCGGCCAUUAUCGCACAGCGACCGGAGAAUCCUCGGGAGUUCUUCAAGCAGAGAGAGAAGGCUUUGGCCUGCAGCUUUGACAGCUCCCCCAUGUCAAUCCACAGGAAAGGCCGCUUGGACAGCCCAUUUUUGAAGAUGCAGUAUAGUCUCCCUGAGCACAGUCUGCCCCCGGUGGCGUCUCACAGUCACCCCCACAUCAGGCUGCACCCAGCUCUGUCUGAGUCUGAUGAUUACCAGAGUUCAGAUUACAGCAUACCAAUGAUCCACUGUCCAUCCAUCCCAAAAAUUGUCACCACACCCAUAGAGGAGGAAGAGAAUGAGGAUGGGGCUCUGGAAGAGUAUGGUGUUUCACUGACCUCAGAGGUGGCCAAAGCCCCCCCAGUGCAGACAUACGGCAACAUGGCUGGAGUGACCGUGAUAUUGUCAUCAGACCCUGAGGAGCACAUUUUCCCAGAUUGCGGUUCCCCUCAGCAGGAGACUGGCUGCCUGCUCCACUCGUGGGACGAGCCGGAGGGACUGGUCUCAGAUCAGCCAUCCGUGGCUGCCUCGCCUCUGUCUGCUGAACUCUGCAUCCUCCCGGAGGCUCCAGAGGGGUUCAGCAACGUAGCCGCCGACUCCGUCACCUUCUGUGACGACCUGAGGGACGAGGAUGAGCCCUCGAGCCUGGUGGAUAUCGAGGGCCAGCACCAGAUGACGCUGAGCUAUCGGCACGCCUUGGAACAGGCCUCCGGGUGUGACAGCCAAGACCUCGACGAUGCUCAACUGCUCAUGACGAAUGGAGAUUCUCUGCUGAAAGAGGGCACCCAGGCGAGUGAGGGCUACUUCAGUCAGUCUCAGGAGGAGGAGUUUGCCCAAGCGGACGAGUGUUCUGUGAAAGAGAUCCCAGCACCAUUUUUUUAUAAUAAGCCACCAGAGAUUGACAUCACCUGCUGGGACACGGACCCCAUCACGGAGGACGAGGAGUACGGCAUGGCGGAGUGACGGAGGGAGGUGCCGCAGGACGCCACCUGUAAAACAGAAAGUGUAACAGUCUAGAACAAUAAACACACACUAAUGUGCCGAGAGAGGGAAUCGAACCCAGGUUAGUUUAAAGAUGCCGACGUCUCUCCUUAUGUCUUUGCUUCUUGUGCUGAGUGGACGAGACACGCCGGCCUGGGUUUUCCACGAUAGUGACCCAUCUGAGCUCAUCUGUAGCUGCUGUAUCUGUAGCUGUAACCAGCUUAACACCCAUAUUCCCUUAUUAGUUAUGCUAUGGUUUGAAGGGAAAAAAGUAAAACGUUAUAUUUUAUAUCUUCCAGAUAGAUUUUGUGUCAAAUUCUAGCAGGUAUCACAUGGGAAUAUAGUUUUAAUUGAGGGGGGCAGGGGAAAGGCUGUACUAUUGCAUUCAGACACAGAAACUCUUAUGAUCGCACUCAUUGUUUCCCAAGCUCAGAUAAAAAGCAUAGCUCCAUGUUCCAGCCCUCAGAGGGGCAAAGGGCUUUGUUGCUGGUCUUCUUCUGUACGUGAUGUAUUAUAAUCUACUCCUUCAUUGUUUUGGACUCUGGUUAUUUGUUUUGUGCAUUUUGCGACAGUAAUUAUUCCUUUUUAAAUUUUUCUGGAGUAUCACUUAUACAGAGGUAGAUUCAUUGUUUUUUUUCCAAACCCACGGGAUGUUUAUAAGUGAUGUUAAAAUAACAUUAAAAUUUAGGUAAAACAACUGGUUAUCUGUAAGACAUGAUGUUUGGUAUACAAAACAAAGCCCUCUAUUGUAUGAAAGUCAUGAAAUCAUAUUACCAAUAAUUAGCAAUUUCACUAAACUAAAUUUCAAACUUGAAAUGUCCCAAAGGCCAUAACACCCCCCGCAACCUCACAUUUACUCAGAUUCCUCAGAUUUUGAGAUGAACCACGCUUAUCAUUUUCUGUGGAAUUCUGUUUUUUCUUCUUUUCCUUAUGAAGAUUUUUUUUUACUUCAGAUAAUCGUGACAGACGCCCUUCAAGAGAAAAUGCCAACGGUGACGUUUAGCCUUAGCGUAAAGUGAAAGGGCCGACUUUCUAACGCAAAUUAUUUACAUCAGCUGGUCGCCUUAGGAGAGUCGGGGGGGGGGGUCUUAUCUAGGUUAGACUUGAACAAAGGCACUUUUAUAAGAUGGAAGUUUUGCCAUUGCACAAGCAAUAAAACAAUCCUUGUAAUACUGUCUUAUAAUUGAUGUUUUUCUUUCUUUUUAAUCAAUGCUGUAACUAAUGCUGUGGUUUGUUUGUGACCUAUGUGACGUGCAUUAUGGGACAGAUUAGGUCUUUAUCCUGCCUCAUCAGAGUUUGGGAAUCUGUGUGAGUCCUGUAUCGUCAGUAGGUGCCUCCAUUGGCCAGCAUCUUUAACAUUAACCUGCUAUCUUUUGAUAAUCUCUCCACACGUUUUCAUUACCUUGAAAUCCCGCUGUUCAGUAAGAUUAAUUGUGCAUGUUUCAUUCUUUUUGUACUUAUUCUCUUACCAUCUGCUUCCCACAGAAAUGGUUUCUAAAUUAAGCACAAGGUUGUGAAUUGUUAAUUGCAGAUGUGUGUUAAUAAAGGAUUUUUGAGGCCUCCUG